ACACGGGCACUGCCAGAUUUUCAUGAUGAACUGAGUGUAAAAGGAACGAAUGCUCAUAGAUUUGUCAUGAAAAUGUAUUUAACACAUCAGAAAAUAGACAGAUGGUGGUUGGCAUAGAAUCAAUUUGAAGAUGUCGAUAUUCCGAAAGUUGCUUGGAAACAAUCAAGAUGGUGGCAACCAGCAAAAUGCAGGUGCGAAGAAUGCUCUUUCAUCUGGUCCACAGCCAAUGGCAGCUCAGCUUCAGAGAAAAUUUGCCAAAGGGGUCCAGUAUAACAUGAAAAUAGUCAUUCGUGGGGACAGAAAUGUUGGAAAGACUUGUCUGUUUCAUCGCCUUCAAGGUCAAAAGUACAAAGAGGAAUACAUACCAACAGAAGAAAUACAGGUAUGCAGUAUCCAGUGGAACUACAAAGCUACAGAUGAUGUGGUGAAGGUGGAAGUGUGGGAUGUUGUCGAUAAAGGUCGCAAAAAGAAGAAAAUGGAGGGUCUAAAGAUGGACCAAGAGGAGGUUCAAGAGAUGGAGGAACCAUGUUUGGAUGCCGAGUUUAUUGAUGUGUAUAAGGGGUCACAUGGGGUCAUCAUGGUGUAUGACAUCACCAAGCAGUGGACAUUUUCAUACAUUGAGCGAGAGAUUGAGAGCAUCCCGUCCCAUAUCCCAGUGUUAGUACUGGGUAACCAUAGAGACAUGGGCCACCAUCGAACAGUUAUAGAGGACAAGGCCCGCUACUUUUGUCUCCAUCUCCAACGGCCGGGCGAGGCAGCCACUGUUAGAUAUGCUGAAUCUUCUAUGAGGAAUGGAUUUGGACUGAAAUAUCUCCACAAAUUCUUCAACCUACCUUUUUUACAACUCCAGAGAGAGACACUGCUGAAACAGCUGGAAGUCAACAAAGAGGACAUGCUUUCUACAAUUGAUGAACUAGAUAUACAUGAAGAAAGUGAAGAACAAAACUAUGACGUAUUCAUUGACAGUCUAUGCAGCAAACGACGUCAACAGCAGGACAAGUUGUCAGAGAAAGUAUUAGCUGAUUCUAAACUCAAACAGGAAGUAGAAGGAUCAGGGGAGGCAACUAAACCUGGCAGUCUUCCAGUUCCAAAAUCGGUUUCCAUGCCAACCUUACAGAAAACCACUAUAAUGGAGAGAGAAGCACACUCUGUGGGAACAACCCCAGUACAGGAAAGAUUACCAUCAGAUCAUGCCCCAUCUCUUGAGCCCCCUACUCCCACACAGGAUCAGCAGCAGAAGUCUGGCUUCUUUUCCAGGUUAUUCAAGAGUAAAGACAAGAAUUUACCAAAAAAAGAUUCAAUAGAUGACCUACAAAGUCCCACCGGUACAGACACAGUGAAGAGUGUGGAGGAUUUCUGUCCUGAUGACGGAGGACUAGACAACAGCUUCCUUGAUGACACCAAGGAGGUUAAAGAGAACAGCAAGCCGACACGGAACCAUGACAGCGACAGUGAUGAAGAUGCAGAUAACCCAAUGGUUGCUGGGUUUCAAGAUGACCUCGAUUCAGACGAUGAUUUUGGCACGGACAACAAUUCAAAUCAAUUUGUUGUGACCAUGGAAGACAUUGUAGUGACAUCAUCUGAUGAGGAGGUGGUGCCACCUGUGGAGAAGAGUUCAUUUGUUACCACGGUGAUGAGUGUUUCCAGUGACUCUGACUUAGAAACAAAUAAACAAACAAUUGUAUCAUCUUCUCGAAAAAUAUCAAAUGGGGGUAAAAGUGUUACUACAGAAUCGAAGACUUUACCUUCAGAAAAAAUGAGAGUGACCUCUAUUUCAUCAUCAGACAAUGAAGUGACUGCUGGACAACCUGUUGUAUUGACAAAUCAGGACAUUGAUUCGGAUGAUGACAACGUGACAAAUAAUGUAAUGGUGGCUGCGGAUGAGGAAAUCAGUGACACUGAACCUCCGGCCUCGGGUCUUCAGGUCCAGGCUGGCUUUGAUAGCUGGUUAAAUCAACUGGAGAGUAAGACAAAUAUCACAGAGGUAGCUAGUGAACCCAGCAGUCCAGAAUUACUGCGACCAGUAGCCAGAUCAAAGUCCACUACAUCAGGCGAAAUGGCAGAGCGGAGUACAAGUGCCAAAAAAAAGAAAAAGAAGAAAAAAGACAAAUCCGAGAAGGGAGAAGAAAGUUCCAACACAAAAAAGAAUAAAAAAAAGGAAAGACAGAAGACUGAUAAAGAGAAGGGUGAAAUAAGUAAAAAAGAGAAGAAGAAAAAGAAGGAAAAACCAGCUGUGGCAGAAACAGAAAAUGCAAUGGAGAAUAUGGACGAUUUAGAGGCAUUCCUUAAUGAUGACACUACAACCCAGGGGGGCGGGGCAGGGUAUGAGUCACUCUGACCUACCCAGGGGACCGGGAAGGAUAUUCAUCACUCUAUUCAACUAACGGGAAGAAGGGAGGAGGCAGGGUGUGAGUCAUUGUGAUCAACCCAGGGGAGUUAGGCAAGUUAUUACUCAGUCUGAUCAACCCCAAGAGCGUGAGUAGGAUAUUCAACAAACUGUUCCACCAAUGCUGUAGCAAGAGGAGUAACUUUUUUUAUCAUGUAACACUGAAAAGGGGAGCAAGCUACGAUGUUUUGUGACCACUAAGGCAUUGGAUGAGAAAAUGACCUUCACCCGUUAUCAAAAAUUGAAGAACCAGAAAGGGACAUGAUUAGUCGAACUAUACCCUGAGUUAGGAUUAGCCAAAUUGAUUCUCUGGGACAGGACAAGUCAUGCUGAUCCCCUGAGACAGGACAAGUGAAGCUGAUCCCCUGGGACAGGACAAGUGAAGCUUAUACCCUGGGACAGGACAAGUCAUGCUGAUCCCCUGGGACAGGACAAGUCAUGCUGAUCCCCUGGGACAGGACAAGUGAAGCUUAUACCCUGGGACAGGACAAGUCAUGCUGAUCCCCUGGGACAGGACAAGUCAAGCUGAUACCCUGAGACAGGACAAGUCAUGCUGAUCUCCUGUGACAGGACAAGUCAUGCUGAUACCCAUGGGCAUCAUUAGUCAUGCUGAUACCCUGAGACAGGAUAAAUCAAGCUGAUCCCCUGGGACAGGACAAGUCAAGCUGAUACCCUGGGACAGGACAAGUCAAGCUGAUACCCUGGGACAGGACAAGUCAUGCUGAUCCCCUGGGACAGGACAAGUGAAGCUGAUCCCCUGGGACAGGACAAGUCAUGCUGAUCCCCUGGGACAGGACAAGUCAUGCUGAUCCCCUGGGACAGGACAAGUCAAGCUGACACCCUGGGACAGAACAAGUCAAGCUGAUCCCCUGGGACAGGACAAGUCAAGCUGAUCCCCUGGGACAGGACAAGUCAUGCUGAUACCCUAAGACGGACCAAGUCAAGCUGAUCCCCUGGGACAGGACAAGUGAAGCUGAUCCUCUGGGACAGGACAAGUCAAGCUGAUCCCCUGGGACAGGACAAGUGUAGCUGAUCCCCUGGGACAGGACAAGUCAAGUUGAUACCCUGAGACAGGACAAGUGUAGCUGAUCCCCUGGGACAGGAGAAGUCAAGCUGAUACCCAUGGGCAUCAUUAGUCAUGCUGAUCCCCUGGGUAGGACUAGUCACGUUGAUAGGGGCAGAUAUCCUGUUGUAGGAUCUGGGGGCUGUGGUAUCACAAUGGUAUCCAAGGGAUUAUUACAGAAGCCAUAAUGUUACCUCAGAGGUUAAUCGAGGGUUAAUCAUACUGUUACCCUAGUUGAGACUGGUGUUUUUUUGGGACAGAGCCAGACAAAGUGUAACCUGUGACAUUAAUAUAUACAGUUAAGACAUAGCAGUGUUUAGUUUAGGAUGUGGAAAUCAGCUAUAGUCAACAAAGUUUGUAAUAUGAUAGAAAUAGAAGUUGAGACAUAGCCCAGGCACACAGUAAACCCAGAGGAUUGUGACAAGUCCUGUCUCUAUAAAUUCUGAUGGUUAGGGUAGAACCAGUCACUUAAUAAACCCAAGGGGUUGUGACAAGUUCUGUCUCUAUAAAUUCUGAUGGUUAGGGUAGAACCAAUCACUUAAUAAACCCAGAGGAUUGUGACAAGUCCUAUCUCUAUAAAUUCUGAUGGUUAGGGUAGAACCAGUCACUUAAUAAACCCAAGGGGUUGUGACAAGUUCUGUCUCUAUAAAUUCUGAUGGUUAGGGUAGAACCAGUCACUUAAUAAACCCAAGGGGUUGUGACAAGUCCUGUCUCUAUAGAUUCUGAUGGUUAGGGUAGAACCAGUCACUUAAUAAACCCAGAGGAUUGUGACAAGUCCUGUCUCUAUAAAUUCUGAUGGUUAGGGUAGAACCAGUCACUUAAUAAACCCAAGGGGUUGUGACAAGUUCUGUCUCUAUAAAUUCUGAUGGUUAGGGUAGAACCAGUCACUUAAUAAACCCAGAGGAUUGUGACAAGUCCUGUCUCUAUAAAUGAAGGUUUGGAUAGAAUCCGUCACUUAAUAAACCCAGGGGAUUGUGACAAGUUCUGUUGCUGUAUAAAUUCUGAAGGUUGGGACAGGAACAGUCAAAUAAUUAUCCCAUGGAAUUGUGACAAGUACUGUCUCUGUAUAAAUUCUGGGGGUAGGGACAGGAACAGUUACUUGAUAAUCCCAGGGGAUUUUGAGAAGUUAUUUCACUGUAUAUACUCAGAGGGUAGGGACAGGACCAGUCACAUGAUAAUCCAAGGAGACUGUUUCUCUUUUGUUCAGCAGGGGUUUAGGACAAAAUAUGUUGUAUUAGCCAAAGGGCUGGGUUUGCAAUAAGUUUCAUUUUAAAGUUGGUAGGAUUUCAUUAAUGUAGAUUAUUUAUCAAAUUGUUCAUGCAUCGAGUUAUGUAAGAGUGGGUUUGUGUUGUUUAAGAGUCAUAAAAUGUACGACCAAUGAGAUAAUUUUUGCUGAAGACAUUUUUUGUAAAUAUACUAUUUAUGAAGUAUUGAUGUGAUUUUAGAGCUGAGGCUAUCAAUAAAACAUGAAGGAGAA